AUGGGCCACCCCAGUGCCACCGUGCUGCUGUGCCAGCUGGGUCUCUCCACAGCCAUCCAGUGGCUCGGGCUGACGGAGAGCGGCAGCGGCGUGUCCUGGAACGAGAGCCAGCACUGCCGGCUGCUGGUGCCGGAGCAGCUCCAGCUGUGCCGCCGGAACCUGGAGGUGAUGCCCAGCAUCGUGCGGGCCGCCCGCCACACGCAGGCCCUGUGCCAGCAGAGCUUUGCAGACAUGAGGUGGAACUGCUCCUCCAUCCAGCGAGCCCCCAGGUUUGGCCCUGACCUGCUGAAAGGGACCCGGGAAGCCGCCUUUGUGUACGCCCUGGCUGCUGCCACCAUUGCCCACGGCAUCGCCCGGGCCUGCGCCUCGGGAGAGCUCCCGCUCUGCUCCUGCGGCCCCGGCCCCCCCGGGGACCCCGGCCCGGGGGGCAGGUGGGGGGGCUGCGGGGACAACCUCAGCUACGGCCUCCAGCUCGGGGCCGCCUUCGCCGACAGCUCCUCCAGGUCCGGCAAGUUGGGGACACACGGGAGGAAAGCCAUGAACCUGCACAACAGCGCCGUGGGCAGGACGGUGCUGAGUGACUCCCUGGAUACCAAGUGUAAAUGCCACGGUGUUUCGGGCUCCUGUUCAGUGAAGACCUGCUGGAAGGGACUGUCAAGCCUGGAUGAAAUUGCCUCUAACCUCAAGUCCAAGUACCUGGCAGCCAUCAAGGUGUCCCACCGGCUCGUAGGGCCCAGGAAGCAGCUGAUAGCCAAGGAUAUGGAUGCCAGGCCAGUGACAGAGACAGAUCUGGUUUAUCUCAUCAACUCUCCUGACUACUGCACCCCAAAUCUCCAGCUGGGGUCUCUGGGGACACAGGACAGGCAGUGCAACAAGAGCUCGGUGGGCAGUGCCAGCUGUGCCCUGCUGUGCUGUGGCCGUGGGUACAACACGUACACGGAGGAGGUGGAGGAGCGGUGCCACUGCCGCUACCGCUGGUGCUGCUCCGUCGUGUGCAGGAGCUGCCGGCGCAGGGUGGAGAGACACGUGUGCAAAUAACAGCCCAGGGCUCUGCUGGUGCCCUCCAGGAACAGCUGGAGACCAGACACCCAUCCCAGGGGGUGCUCCGAGCGAGGAGGGGGCUGUGCAGGAAGCCUGGCCUCACAUUGCCGUGGAAAACCUCACCCUGAGAGAUUCCGGGAAGCCUCCGGUCCCUUCCAACCCGAACCUGAGGGCAGGACAAAGGGCUGCCCUCCUGCAGCUGGGCAGUGUCCAGCCCUGCCUCCAGCUGGGACCAGCCAUUGAUCACUCCACAGGAACAGCCCAGUUCCUGUGUGAAUGGGGACCCUGGGCUGCCAUUGUCCCUUUGCAGGAGGUUCUGACAGCCAGGAGUGAUGGAUGGGAAGGGGGCAGAGUUAUCCAUUGGGAGAAGGCUGGAGGGACAGAAAGCUGCUUUGGGUCAGGGGAUCAUGGGCAGCUCCUCUGGGGACAAUUCUGCCAUGGGCUCACCCAACACCACUGGAUGUUCUUCCUCUGGAGCAAACACUGGUCCAGGGCCACUUGCAGCAUCAGAAUAAAGACCAGGCUUGGACACAGAUAGAACCAGCCACUGCUCCAGGAGCCAGGACUCAUCAGUCCUCCCCAAGACCUGCAUGGACAUGGCUGCUGCUCUCAUUGGUGGCAGACAGACCAGGGACAGGGAGAGGUCCUGGAGGCUGCUAAAACAGGGGAAAACUGCUCCUACCAGCUGUGGGUUACCAACACUGCUAUGGCACCACUGGAGCUUCUGCCCUCUGGGCUCCUCUUGGAGGUGGAAGCCCACUCAAUGCAUGGAAUCCUCAUGGCUUGUCCUUCCUGCCAUUUCUCUUGGACCACUGAGGU